CCAAUACUGGGUUCCGUAUGCUAUAGCUGCUUGGAAAAGCAGUGGAAGCGAAGAGCGGUUCUUUUGAGGGAUUAUUGGAAGUGACACCCUGUGUCGUCCUGAAUUGAAAAGUGCUUCACGUAUGGGUAACAAAACUGUCAAAAUCUGAAGCGAGAUGAAGUGCAACACAGCCAGAUGACUUGAUGAUGUUGAGAACGGCCUUUAAGGACUAAAUAAAAGAAGUGUCAUUAUAGAUUGAGGAAGCGCUGGGGAGUUUAGAGAGGGUCGAUCGAAAUGAACUGGGGACGGGACGGGACGGGACGGGGACGUUAGUUUUUAAUAAUAAUUAAAGUUGUUAAUAAUAAUUAAGAUAGUUAAUAGUUAAGAUGACAUGUUUGUGGAAAACUCAAGUCGGAAAAGUUAUAUUAAUUAAAAAAAAAAAAAAAAAAUGUUUUCACUGGCCUGGCCUUUUUAUUACACUGACACAUUUCAAAGGAACAGCAAUCUUAACUACAUUAGAAUCACUAAUACAGUGUGAAUUACUAUGUAUUACCGGACAUCCUUUUAACAUGUACACGGCUUUAAAAAGUGGCUAGAUUUCAGUUAAUUGACACAUAACUCGUGACGUUGUUGCACAUUCAGUUAUUUAGCGAGCAUUGGAGCUGAAUUCUUUUCCAGUCAUACGCAGUAUUAUGUGCGUGGAAGAUGUUUCUUUUCUUCGUUGAAUGGUAGUCAUUCCCCUGUAUGUGAGUGUUUACAUAAGCAGCCCGUUAGGAGGGUUGCAGUUUCCGCAUUUUGCCUCAGCGCAGCGGCAGUGUGCUGGGAUUGUGCUGGGAUUGUGCUGGGAUCUGCUCAUUGAUGCUUCCCGGCGGUGGUGGGCCCAUGAAAGACUGCGAGUACAGUCAGAUAAGUACUCGCAGCUCGUCGCACAUGGAGUCCGCACACACAAGCAACACUCCCAGGAGGAAAUGGGAAGUUUUCCCCGGCAGGAACACGUUUCUCUGCAAUGGAAGGAUUAUAAUGGCUCGACAGACCGGCGUCUUUUAUUUCACCCUGGUUCUCAUUGUGGUCACCAGCGGACUGUUCUUCGCUUUUGAUUGCCCAUACCUAGUGGUACACAUCACCCCCGCUGUGCCAGUGAUAGGAGGGAUCCUGUUCUUCUUUGUGAUGGGAACCCUGCUGAGGACCAGUUUCAGUGACCCCGGAGUUCUGCCCCGAGCCACCGCACAUGAAGCAGCAGAACUGGAGAGACAAAUAGAUGUUGCCAAUGGCUCCAGCUCAGGAGGAUAUCGCCCCCCUCCAAGGACCAAAGAGGUGACCAUCAACGGACAGAGUGUGAAACUGAAAUACUGCUUCACCUGCAAAAUAUUCCGACCUCCUCGCGCCUCUCAUUGCAGCCUUUGUGACAACUGUGUGGAGCGGUUUGACCACCACUGUCCGUGGGUGGGUAACUGUGUGGGGAAAAGGAACUACCGCUUUUUCUACAUGUUUAUUUUGUCGCUGUCUUUCCUGACCAUCUUUAUAUUUGCCUUUGUCAUCGCCCACAUCAUCCACCGGUCUCAUCAGACAGGAUUCUUGAAUGCACUGAAGGACAGUCCUGCUAGUGUGCUGGAAGCAGUCGUUUGCUUCUUCUCUGUAUGGUCUAUUGUCGGUCUCUCAGGAUUUCACACAUACCUGAUCAGCUCCAAUCAAACCACCAAUGAAGACAUUAAGGGAUCGUGGUCAACUAAAAGAGGCAAAGAAAACUACAAUCCCUACAGCCAUGGGAGCAUUGUCACGAACUGCUGUGUGGCGCUGUGUGGACCAAUACCUCCCAGUUUAAUUGACAGAAGAGGCUUUAUUCAGCCAGAUGCACCACAGUCAGUAACGCCUAAUGGAAUCACUGUGUAUGGGCCGACACAGUCUCAUAGCAACAUGUGCGACCAGGACCAGUGCAUUCAGAGCACUAAAUUAGUUUUGCAGGCUGCAGCCACACCCCUGUUGCAGACUGAGCCCCAGCUAGCCCGUGAUGAGCCACCCCUCCCGGGGAAGAUUCCCCUCAGCACCCCCUGUGCCCCCCUCACCCUUGGGCAGCCCACCCCGCCAUCCUCCAUGCCAAACCUGUCGGGCAACACCACACUGUCAGACAUGCUGCCAACACGGGAGGAGCAGGGAGGACCGCACUUCCUGACCCCAGAGGAGGUCCCCUCUACGCUGGGAGUGCUCUCUUCUGGAAGCUCCCUGAUUCACAGCCACACCAUGCAUGUGCUCAACCUGGCCAGCCAGGACUCUCUGCAUGAAGACUCGAUGCGAGGUCUUGUCAAGCUGAGCUCCGUCUGAGCCCAUCCUUCCCAUUGAAAUCUCUGUGAUAUUCCCAGGACAGACUGGAAUGGACACGCACUGGGACUCCCCUUUUGGAAGCUUGUGUUUUGGUUCUUGGUUAAAUGCUGCCUUGGGGAGCCUUCAGUUUAUACAGGCCAGUCAUGCCAGACUUGAGGCACAAUUCUAGGUGUUAUUCCACAAUGGGGUUCAUCAGAUGAUCAUGCAAGACAUUGUGACACACCAUGCAGAAUGCCCCUGAACUGAAACGCAUUGUUUGGUAAAGCAGUGAAUGUGGACACAAUGGGCUUAUUAUACACACAAUGGCUCUUAUACUGUGCAAGUGUCUAACCCAUAGUCUGGCUGUUUGUUGUUUUUAUAUUCAAUUCUGUGCCGUUCUGGACUAAGAUACAUGAUUUUCCUGUUUUAAGGUUGAGAGUGAAGGUCCUUCAGCCAUUUCAAGAAUUCUACAGAUAAAGAAAUCUGCAGGAAUAAACUGCUUUUUUCUGUUUUAUAUUC